CGGUUAGAUACGAGCUCAAAUCUGUGUGCGCAUCCACGUACAUACGCCAUGGCGCUCCCUGGGCUUGCUUUGCCUAAUUCUCAGAUCGUCCUGUCGGCAGCAUGCACGGGUCCGCAUGUAACAGUCGGACGACCUUCAAGGGCACGCUUCGUGUAUUCCUUGACGUCGGUGAACCGUAAGCUCAUCGUAAGCUCGUCCUCUAUCAAUAAUCCCUACACGACAGCUGGCGGCAUGGUAUGUACGCAACAAGUGGCGGCAGGGGAAGACGAGCAUGAGCUAAAGCUCCUAGGGACAUGGAGGGGCCCUUUCGCGAUGCGAGUGAGGCUGGCGCUCAACUUCAAGGGCCUGAGCUACGAGUACCAGGAAGAGGACCUUGCAAAUAAGAGUGACCUUCUCCUCGUGUCAAACCCGGUGAACAAGAAGGUGCCCGUGCUCAUCCACAAUGGUAUGCCCAUAUGCGAGUCACUCGCUAUCUUGGAGUACAUCGAUGAGGUCUACCAUGGGAUAGGACCCUCUCUCCUCCCCGCCCACCCCUACCAACGCGCUAGGGCUCGAUUCUGGGCCACCUACAUUGACAACAAGCUAGUCGCGCCAUGGUGGAAGAUGUUUGUGGGCAAGACAGACAAGGAGAAAGAUGAAGGGACAAAGCAAACGCUAGCGGCGGUGGAUAUGCUAGAGAGGGCCUUGAGGGAAUGCUCCAAGGGGAAGCCGUUCUUUGGAGGAGACAACGUCGGAUAUGUUGAUGUUGUGUUGGGUGGUAUGGUUGCAAGGAUGCAAGGAACCGAGGCGCUUUGUGGUGUGGAGCUUCUACACGCCACCAAGACUCCGCUUCUGCUGGCAUGGAUGGAGCGCUUUGGCGAAAUGGAACCCGCCAAGGUGGUUCUGCCAAAAGUCGAUAGGCUGGUUGAGUUUGCAAAGAUGAAACGUGCCCAAAGGGCUCUAAUCUAAGAUGUCUCAACAGUCCGAGAAUAGCUAAGGAUCUUGAUAGGAGUGCAAUGCAAAGAAGGAGUCGCGACACCGAAUACUAUUGUUCUUUCUCUCACAUGUCUGUUGUGACAACGUAGAGUGUUAUUGUUCAGACAACCUAGUACUUUGAAGUUCAAUCAUCUUCAUGUUAUUCCUCCCUAAUAUAAAUAGCUCAAUGUUGAUAAGUUAUUAUUUUGAUGGAGUGAAAGGAUUGUUG